AUGGGUGGUAAGAUUGAUAGAUCACUUAACAAUGGUGUUGCGCCACCUAUAUUUCGUAUAAAUGGCCAAAAUUUUCAUCGUAUUGGAAGUUUAUUACCAACAAAUGGGGUUCAACCAAAGUUUGCGCAACUCUAUAUUCAUGAUACUGAACAUGAAAUAGAAAAUCGUAUCAACUCCGUUAGGGGUGAAAACGAUAAAUUUAACCUACAUGUUGAUGUGGUUAAUGACAUUAAGGAUGUUUUAGAUCAUUAUAAUGUUUUGGUCAAGUCAUUCCGUAUGGCCAAGUCAUUUAUUGAUUCUAAUCCACAAGCUGAGAUUAAGAUGGGGCUAAUUGGAAGAAGGAAUACAGAUGCAAGAACAUAUUCAUUACCAACUGCAUCAGAGGUUGCGGCUCUCAUUGUCGGAGAUUUAGACCCUACCAUGGGUGAACGUGACAUUCUGGUAGAGACUAGGACUGGAGUUCUCAAAAGAAUAAGUGAAUUAAAUCCAGCAUAUUUACCAUUGCAAUAUCCAAUUUUAUUCCCAUAUGGCGAGGAUGGAUUUAGGGAGGAUAUUCUUUUUUCAUCAAAUGUUAGUACCCAACAUUUCUCAAGAAAAAGUGUUUCACAAAGGGAGUACUUCGCAUUCCGUAUCCAUGAAAGGUUGGAUGAAAUCUCAACUUUAUUUUAUGCUAGGAGGUUAUUCCAACAAUUCAUAGUUGAUGCGUACACGAUGGUGGAAUCUUCCAGACUUAUUUACAUAAGAUCAAAUCAAAAAGCUUUGAGAUGUGAGGCAUAUAAAGGUCUUUCAGAUGCCUUAACGCGAGGUGAAGUUGAACCUAGCUCCAAAGGGAAACGAAUAAUAUUACCCUCAAGUUUUACUGGUGGAGCAAGGUACAUGAUACAAAACUAUCAAGAUGCCAUGGCCAUUUGUCGGUUUGUAGGUUAUCCAAACCUAUUCAUUACAUUUACAUGUAAUCCUAAAUGGCCUGAGAUUCAACGCUUUAUGGAAAAAAGGAACUUGAAAGUGGAAGAUCGUCCAGACAUCGUAUGUCGUGUGUUCAAAAUGAAAUUGGAUGUUUUGAUCAAAGACCUUAAAAAGGGAAAAAUAUUUGGUCACGUCAAAGCAGACGGAUACUCGUUGUACCGAAGACGGGAUGACAGUAGAACCAUAAAGAAGAAUGGGAUAGACUUGGAUAACCAGUAUAUUGUGCCACAUAAUCGGUAUAUACUUUUGAAGUACAAAGCUCACUGUAAUGUUGAGUGGUGUAACCAGUCACGAUCAAUAAAAUACCUAUUCAAGUACGUCAACAAAGGUAAUGACCGUGUAACUGCUGAGUUUUAUAAGACUACCACCGAUGAUACCGGUAAUGAAAUUGUUGAUGAGAUUAACAUGUACUAUGAUUGCCGGUACAUUUCAGCCUGCGAGGCUAUUUGGCGCUUAUUUAGUUUUGAAGUGCAAUACAGAACUCCACUUGUUGAGAGGUUAAGCUUUCACCUGCCUGAUUGUCAAUCAGUUGUUUUCCAAGAUGAUGAUACCAUUGACCAUGUUUUAAAUAGAGAGACUGUUGGUCAAAGUAUGUUUAAUGGUUGGUUUAUAGCAAACAAAAAAUUCAAUGAAGCGAAGAUGCUAACUUACAUUGAGAUGCCUACCAAAUUUGUUUGGAAAAAAGACAUUCGUGAAUGGCAGCCAAGAAAGAAGGGUUUCUCGGUGGGUCGUAUCUUCUAUGUCCCACCAACAUCAGGUGAAAUAUAUUAUUUAAGGUGCUUAUUAAACAUAGUUCGUGGUCCUACAAGUUUUAAAGAUAUUAGGACACUGAACGGUGUUGAGUAUAUGACAUUUCGAGAUGCCUGUUAUGCUCAUGGUUUACUUGAUGAUGAUAAAGAAUACAUUGAUGCUAUAAAUGAAGCAAGUUAUUGGUCAACUGCUCAUUCAAUGAGGAAGCUCUUUGUGGUUCUAAUAACAUCGAGCUCUAUAAUUAGACCGGAAAAUGUUUGGAAUGAGGUUUGGAAACAUUUGUGUGAGGAUGCUCAACAUUAUCAAAGAAGAAUAUUACAACAACCAGACUUGGUCUUAACAGACGAAGAGAAGAAGAACUUUGGUUUGAUUGAGUUGGAAAAACUUUUGGAAGUACAAAAUAAGUCUUUAAAAGACUUUCCAACUAUGCCUAUUCCAAAUAUGGAUAACUCUACAAUGGUUCAUAACAGAUUGGUUUUUGAAGAGUUAUCUUAUGAUUGUGAUGCCUUAAAACAAGAAGCUGAAGAGUUGUCUUCUAAAUUGACUGAUGAACAAAGAGUUAUAUACGAUACUGUUAUGCAAGACAUUUCAUGUAAUCUAGGUGGUUUGUUUUUUGUUUAUGGGUAUGGUGGGACUGGAAAAACAUUUUUAUGGAGAGCGUUGUCAUCUACAUUACGAUCUAAAAGGCAAAUUGUUUUAAAUGUUGCGUCAAGUGGCAUAGCUUCUUUGUUGUUACCAGGUGGACGAACUGCGCACUCAAGAUUUGCAAUACCAAUUGCAAUAAACGAAGACUCAACAUGUAACAUUAAACAAGGUAGUCAUUUAGCUGAAUUGUUGAUAAAGACGAGUUUAAUCAUUUGGGAUGAAGCGCCCAUGAUGCACAAACAUUGCUUUGAAGCAUUAGACCGAACUAUGAGGGAUUUGUUGCGAUUUGUAGACCAAAAUAGUUCGACAAAGACAUUUGGUGGAAAAACAGUUGUAUUGGGUGGUGACUUCCGUCAGAUACUACCAGUAGUUCCUAAGGGUACAAGACAAGAUAUUGUAUCUGCAACAAUAAAUUCAUCGUAUUUGUGGAACAUAUGCAAAGCCGAUGCAGAUAAUGGGAUACUUGCAGAUGUACACACCCCUGAAUUCUUAAACGGAAUUAGAGUUUCAGGUUUACCAAAUCAUUCAUUGACUUUGAAAAUUGGUUCACCGGUAAUGUUGAUGAGAAAUAUUGACCAUAGUAUUGAGUUGUGCAAUGGUACCAGACUGAUAAUCACCAAGUUAGCAGACCGUAUUAUUGAAGCAGAGAUAAUGACUGGUGCUAACAAAGGAAAUAAAGUUUUGAUUCCCCGAAUGUCCAUGUCCCCAUCCGAUCCAAGGUUGCCAUUCAAGUUUCAACGAAAACAAUUUCCGUUGAUGUUAUCAUAUGCAAUGACCAUUAAUAAAAGUCAGGGUCAAACAUUGUCACAUGUAGGAUUGUUACUAAAGAAAUCUGUGUUUGUACAUGGUCAGUUGUACGUCGCUGCAUCUCGGAUUAACAAUCCAAAUGGUCUAAAAAUAUUAAUUGCCAAUGACUCAAGUGGAACUUUUACAUCAACCACUAAUGUUGUAUAUCAUGAAAUUUUUAAUAAUUUGUAA